UCCUCCCCAUUCCCCAUUCACAAUCCUCCCCAAUCCCUACACAAUUCCCCAUCCCCACACAUCUGCUCACGAUCCUCCCCUUCCCCGCUCACAAACCCCCGUCCCCCCUCACGAUCGUCCGUUCCC